CAAUGUUAUAAAUGUUGGGCUCAUAUUUAAAACACGGCAUAACUCAUGACAGAUAGGCUUGAAUUACAGAACAGAUUCAAGAUGCCUGUCCACUGAUAGAGAAAAUGGGCGCUCUUUGAGAACACUGCCGUCAACACACAGUGGACUCUGACACAAACUUAGUUCAAAGUUUGUAAAAGUGGUGUCAGCAAGACCUCAAAGCUUAGAACAUCCUGAUUUCUGAAGACAUCGCCACCUAGCGGCGAUUGAUCUAUGCAAGGGCCGAAACCCAGAAUCGUAAGAUAGCCUAGAUAAGAAUAGCCAUGAUUUGUUCGUGUCGUAAGCGGUCUUUGGAAACGCCUCCAAUACUCGAUGUGGAGCGAAUACUGCAAGAUUAUGCUUGGAAGGACUUUAAAGAAAAAAGUGGACGAGUUGAAAAGAUAUUCCAGCGAAGACGUGAUUUUGAUAUUGAGGUUCCUAUGAACUACUUCGAUUUUGAAGACUCGGACACGUUUCUAAAACCAAAACCCAAAGCAGCAGCCGGGCAUUCUAUCCCAGAAACAUCGGUCCUGCAGACGCAGUUCAGAAACAAUACCAACAGAAGUCAGACGUACAAGUUCAGAAUAGAAAGGACAAGGAAGGCCACGAUCAGCGUCACAUUUCAGAGAGGAUUUUCUAUUGGCGGAAAGGCCCAGUUCAAACUUGGAUUACCGAAGAUGCUGUCUCAAGGAGGAGAAGUUGACAUGAGACUUCAAAUAUCCAAAACUACCGGGGAAACGUUCGACGAAACGUUGACAUAUGAGGCCAAUUGUGAUAUCAACGUUGAGGAGAACUGCAACUACACUGCCAAUGUGGCCUUCACUGAGAAGGAAAUAUCAGCUGAGUUCACGGUGCAGACAUUGAUGAGAAUGCCGACUGGUACAGCGCCAGUUUACAUCAGGAGAAAACGAGACCAUGAACUUUAUGCAACAGUUUUUAUAAGCGACCUCAAAGACGUCUUCGCUGAUCAUAAAGCUACAGCCAAAAUCAUUGACAAGUCUGCUAAGGACGCAAAGGUUGCUAGGUAUGCAAUCAAGUUUACUACAACUGGAAUUGUUGAGGGGAUGCGGCUUGUUGGACAGAAAAUCGACAUUGAUUCUAAGAAGUUAGAAAAGGGAGAUGCAUCUGGCGUUGACCUACCAGUUGUGAGUCAAAGUGCAGCUGCCCAGAAUGCAGGAGUCGAAGCCGCACAUCCGUCGGGAUUAUUUCGACCUAAUUUCCCAUCAGACAGUGAUCACUGGACAAAAUAUCCUAGGUCAUAAAGGUCAUAUUUCCAAGCUUGGAUUUGUUUGGAUAUUUUUGGAUUUGUUUGGAUAUGUUUGGAUACAACAUGUCACAAUCAUAUCUGAUAAACGUUGUACAACGUUUGACCUUAUGUGAGAUUAGUAAUGACAUGAAAGUAAAUAAUUAAGAGUAUUUUGGCACUAUUUACCACGAAAAGACCAAAUCAUGAGCAAAUUUAACUAAAUGAAUUUC